UAUUAACAUACUGGGCAGUAUUUAUAGGCUGAUGGCGACGUGCAUUAUCACUCUGCUCCUGCUUCUUUGAGACAGUCUUCCUGUGUGGUCUCUGUGCUUGCAAGCUUGGUCCCCUACAAUCAUGUCUGACAAACCUGAUGUUACUGAGGUCACAACCUUUGACAAAACCAAGCUGAAGAAGACUGAAACCCAAGAGAAGAACCCCCUGCCAACCAAAGAAACAAUUGAACAGGAGAAGGCAGAGUCAUCAUGAAGACCGGUCUAUGUACUGCACAUCCCACAGCAAUGGCAUCAAAUUCUUCUGGAUAUGGCUUCCCUUGGCGUGGGAUUUCUUUAAUCCCUGCUGUGGAAUGAUGGACUUGCUUGUGGCCUCCUCCUGGCCAGUUUUGAAUGCUCACUAAGCAAGAUAUUUCUUGUAAACCUGGAAUGCACAAUUUUCAGAAUGUCAAAUUAAAACAAACUUGAGACAAAAA